AACUAUCGGUAACAUUUCCAUCGCUUUCUCCGUGUGGUGUAAUCGAAAUCGUUUUCAAAAUGCCGUCGCGUCAAAUCCUUUCGGUCGGAUCGGAAGAAAGUAUCGUGCUGACCGGAAUAUCCGGUCGGUUCCCGCAAUCGAACGACGUGCGUGAGUUUGCUCGCAACCUUUACGAUAAGCGAGACCUAGUGGACGAUCUGGAGACCCGAUGGAGGCACGAGAUGGCAGAUGUGCCACGGCGUACCGGGAAGAUCAACAAUCUGCAGAACUUUGAUGCGGAAUUCUUCGGGAUCAGCCGCUAUGAACGGGACACGAUGGAUCCGCAGAUGCGCAUGACAAUCGAGCAUGCCUAUGAAGCCAUAGUUGACGCGGGAGUGAAUCCGCAGACCAUUCGUGGUUCGCGAACGGGCGUGUUCAGUGGUGUUUGUUUUUCGGAAACUGAAGUUUGCAUGUACUACAAGGCACGUCCUGACAAAGGGCUAGGUCUAUUGGGGUGUUCCAAGUCGCAGAUUCCAAACCGGGUUUCAUAUUUGUUGGAUUUGAAGGGACCCAGCUACGCGAUCGAUACGGCUUGCAGCAGUUCAAUGUACGCGUUGGAUGUGGCAUAUCGGAGCAUUAUGAACGGUGAAUGUGAUGCGGCGAUCGUUACGGGAGCCAACCUUACCCUGCAUCCUUACAUUACGUACCAGUUUGCAUUGUUGGGAGUGCUGGCGAAGGAUGGUUACUGUCGACCGUUCGACAAAUUCGCUACUGGUUACACGCGAUCGGAAGCGAUCUGUGCUGUAUUUCUGCAGAAGGCUAAGUACGCAAAGCGUAUCUACGGUCACAUUAUUCAUUCUAAAACAAACUGCGAUGGGUUCAAGUCAGAGGGGAUAACCUAUCCGUCAGGGUUAGUUCAACAGCAGCUGUUAACAGAGUUCUACGAUGAGGUAGGAAUCAGCCCUACGGAGGUGGAUUACGUUGAAGCUCACAGCACCGGAACAUUUGUGGGAGAUCCAGAAGAAUGUGAUGCUAUAGAUAAGGUUUACUGUACUGGACGAGACCAGCCGCUACCCGUGGGUUCCGUGAAGUCCAGCAUUGGCCACACGGAAGCCUCAGCAGGUGUAUGCUCGAUAACAAAGUGCAUCAUCGCUAUGGAAAAUGACUUGAUUCCUCCGAAUAUCAACUUCACCGAGUGCAGACCGAUUAUUCCUUCGUUGGUGGAGGGUCGCUUGAAGGUAGUUAGCGAUGCGCUGCCCUUAUCGGGGCCCCUGGUUGGAAUCAACUCGUUUGGUUUUGGAGGUGCAAACGCCCAUGCUCUAUUCUGUCGCAAUUUGAAGGAGAAAAAGAACCACGGCGUUCCCGAGGAUGAUCUUCCACGGUUAGCCAUAUGGUCUGGAAGAACUAGAGAAGCUGUUGACUACAUGCUUCAGGACAUCGCUCAGCGUCCUUUGGAUGCUGAAUUCAUUGCUCUUCUUUAUAAUGUUGAAGCACAGGCAAUCGCAGGUCAUCGUUAUCGGGGGUUCGGGAUUUACAAAAAGAAUGGCAAGAACCCAGCUAUCUUGCAAGGAUCGUUUGUUGAUCGAGUGAAGCUGGAGCCUCUUCCUGUGGUGUCAGUUUUUGGAGGAGUGAAUACUAAUUGGAGACAGGAGUUAGAUGCGCUGAGACAGUUUUCGAUAGUGGAGGCCACCUUCGUCAAUUGUAGCGAAGUUCUUCGAUCGCUAAAGUUCGACCUGUACAAGAAGCCCUCAGGUAAGGAGAGCAUCCUGUACAACAUGGUUGGAUCGACUGUUCUUCAAUUGUCGAUCGUUGAUCUGCUGAGCUCGAUUGGAGUCCAAUUCGAUUCCUACGCAGGUCAUUCUGUGGGACAAAUCACCUGCGCUUACAUCGACCGUAGUUUGAAUCUCGAACAGGCCCUCAGACUUGCUUUCUGGCAUGGACUGGUGUAUUCGGACUGUCAUGCGGUUUGCGAUCAUACCGCCUUCGUUCGAAUGAGUUCCAAGUUAAACGAACUUCCUAUGAAAAACGUCACCAAGGAUGAUGCAGCUACAUUUGGUAUCCUGACCGCUACUAAAGAGAUUGUAGCCGAACAGGUCCGUCAACUAAAGUCAUCCGGAUUUGCUGCUGAGGAAUUACCUUUCCUCAAUUUACACUCUGAACCAGCCAGAAACAUAUCCAUGGCCAACAAGCUACGCCAGACUGUGAAUACCGUUUUGUCUAGAGUCGUCCUGCCAUCUCCGAAGUGGAUAACUGCGAAAUUGCCUCAGACAUCUUCGAUUUUCCAUUCACCAAAAAUUCACGAUACGUCGUCGAUUGUAAACUUAUUGGAGAAAAUUCCCAGUCACACCCAUGUGAUGGAGCUGGGUGGCUCGCUGACAUGCGAGAAAAUACUUCGAACACUAAAUCGCAAUUCAAGCUACCUUCCUUCAGGCGCGGAAUCUAGCGAUGCAGUCAACCGAUUGUUGAGCAGAAUUGGCCAUCUAUAUCUGGCAUCUCAGAAGCUAGACAUUGCCAAGUUAUAUCCGGAGAUUCAGUUUCCCGUGUCACGUGGGACACCCAUGCUUUCGCCGUUGAUUCGUUGGGAUCACCGUGAAGAUGCUUACGUUGUUAAGUAUUCAUGGGAUGAAACCACCAAGUCCAACUUGUUACGUUUCAAGAUCAAUAUGUCUAAUCAGGACUACAAGCACAUCGUAGGUCAUUGCAUUGAUGGGCGUAUACUGUUCCCGGCUACCGGAUAUUUGUACCUUGUUUGGGACCUGUUGUCUUAUCUUGGACAUCGCGAUGUUAAUGACUAUCCAAUUGAAUUUGAAGACAUUAGAUUCUUGCGGGCUACCACUCUUACCAAAGAUCAAACGGUUGAGCUGAGCGUUAUGAUCCAGGAGUCUUCAGGAUGGUUUGAGAUUCUGGAAGGUGACACAGUUGUUGUAACGGGGUACGCCAGAUUUUUAAAGGAUUCGAACUAUCCAAUUAUCAAUGAAGCAACCAGUUCUGCAGUCACCUUGUCGACAAGGGACUUUUACAAAGAACUUCGUCUGAGAGGAUACUACUACACAGGACUCUUCAAGUCGGUGUUGGAAGCAAAAUCUGACGGAACAAUGGCAAAGAUUCAAUGGAGAGGAAACUGGGUAGCAUUGCUGGAUUGUUUGUUGCAGGUCGGAAUUGUUGCCAUCGACAGUAGAUCACUGAUGGUUCCGACAGCAAUUGGGAAGCUUUCUAUAUCACCGAAAGCUCACAUGGCAAUGAUGCAGCGUGAGGGAGACGAAUGUGAGUUCUUUACACUAAACAGUUGUUCAAAAACCAACGUUUUGGUUUGUGGAGCCAUAAUGAUUUCAAACCCUCGGGCCAGUAGCGUAGGACGUAGGAAUCCUCCAGGUAUUCCGGUUCUCGAGACCUAUCAAUUUGUGCCAUACCAUUCUGAUGAACAAGUUUCCGCCUCGGAAGCUAUCAGGAUGUGUGUUCAACUGGCUUUGGAGAAUGCCCCCACUUUGUCUAUAAAUGUGACCGAAAUUCACAGCGAACGAGUCCCGGUUGUGGCACACCUGUUUGGAGAAGCCAUUGCGGAUCUUCCUUUGGUCCAAUCCAACUUGACUGUGCUUGCUAAAACAGAAAUGGAACUGGAUAAUGUUAACGUAAAGUUGGAUAAAUUAUCUGAUCAAUCCAAUCUAUUGUUUUUGAUCACUGACAACAAUUGGACCGAUCCCAGUUUUCUCAAAGACGCUGCCGCUACUCUUGCGGAAGGUGGUUUCGUAAUUGUUCGAGAAAGGGUUGAUUUCAAGCAUGACGAAUUCAGUGUCCCGGAGGAGUUUAACUUAGUGACUACGUUCCGAGUAGAUCAGGAAGAAUUCUACAUUUGUUUGCAGCGGAAGAGCAAGGUCCUCAACGACACGCCAGCAGUAAUCCGAGUGGACUCAAACGAAAUGAGCUGGCUAGCGGAACUGAAGCAAACUGUAAAGCUCCGACCAGUGAUUCUGUACUCUCAGAACGAUUCGGCUUCGGGGGUCAUUGGCCUGGUGAACUGUAUUCGCAAGGAGCCCAAAAUGCAAACUGUCCGAUGCGUGUUUAUCGAUGAUCCCAAAGCUCCUGAGUUUACCCGGAACGAUCCAUUGUAUAAGGAUCAGUUGGACUUGGGCUUAGCGAUCAAUGUGUUACGGAAUGGCGUUUGGGGCAGUUAUCGACACGCACUGCUACCAAAACUGGCGAUAACUGAGCCUGUGUCCAAGCAUUGCUACGCAAAUAGUCUUACCAAGGGAGAUCUGUCUUCCAUGAUGUGGUUCACUGGAGCUUUCAAUGAAUGGGAUGUGGUACCUAAUAAGGUGAAUAUAUCGUACUGUACCUUGAAUUUCCGAGAUGUGAUGGUCGCUACGGGUAGAUUGUCAUCGGAUGUGAGUUCGUACAAUCGGUUGGAAGAGGAAUGUGAACUCGGUUAUGAAUAUGCGGGUGUAAUGGAUGAUGGUAGACGAGUGAUAGGAGUACUGCCAGCCGGAGCAUUAUCAACGGUUGUUAGUGCUGAUCCGUAUCUAGUUUGGACUAUCCCGGAUAGUUGGAGCUUGGAGGAUGCGUGUACCGUUCCAAUUGUGUACGGUACGGUAUUGACGGCGUUCACCGUAAGUGCUCAUGUCCGGAAGGGACAGUCAGUGUUGAUCCACGCUGGUAGUGGAGGAGUAGGACUGGCUGCAAUCAACAUGGCCUUCGCAUACGGUUUGGAAGUCUUUACCACAGUUGGUACGGAGGAGAAGGUCAAGUUUCUUUUGAAUGAGUUUCCUGCACUGAAGCGGGAGAACAUUGGCAAUUCAAGAGAUACGUCGUUUGAACAGAUGAUCAAACUGAGAACCAACGGAAGAGGUGUGGAUUAUGUGUUGAAUUCGUUGGCCGAAGAGAAGUUACAGGCUUCGGUUAGGUGUCUGGCAAAGGGUGGUCACUUUUUGGAAAUCGGUAAAUAUGAUAUGGCCAGGGAUUCUCGACUGUCCAUGCAGCUUUUCAAGAAAGGAAUAACGUUUACAAGCGUUAUGCUAGAUGCAGCUAUGAGAGAGUGCCCAGAGCUGAAGAAGAAUGUAAAUGAAUUGCUUCGCACGGCAAUACGAGAUGGAGUUGUCAAGCCGCUGAAAACGACCGUUUUCGACGCUGGUGAUUUGGAGAAGGCAAUGAGAUUCCUGGCUAGUGGCAAGCAUACCGGGAAAAUUGUGAUCAAGCUUCGUGAAAACGAAACUGAUGUUGAAACGUUGCCCAUUUCUUACUUCCCAAAAGUCUAUUGCAAUCCAGAUCAAGUGUACAUAAUCAUCGGAGGCUUGGGAGGGUUCGGUUUGGAGUUGGCUGACUGGUUGGUGCUUCGAGGCUGCAAGAAGCUGGUAUUCAGCUCUAGUCGUGGAAUUACGAAGCCGUAUCAACAAUAUCGAAUCAAGAUUUGGAAUAGCUACGGAGUUCACACCCAUAUCACUACAGCGGAUAUCACCACUAUGGACGGGUGUCGUACGCUGCUGAAGGAAGCGUCUCGAUUUGGUGUGGUAGCCGCAAUCUACAACCUGGCAGUGCAGCUGCGUGACGCCAUCCUGGAGAAUCAGUCGGUGGAGAAGUUCGUGGAAUGUAUGGCACCGAAAGCGAAGGCUACCGAGUACUUGGACAUAGUGAGCCGUCAAAUGUGCCCUCAGUUGAAAUACUUUGUAGUGUUCUCUAGCGUUUCCUGUGGUCGAGGAAAUGCUGGUCAGAGCAACUACGGCAUGGCCAAUUCCAUAAUGGAGCGAAUCAUCGAGCGAAGAAGGUCGGAUGGUCUUCCAGCGAAGGCAAUUCAGUGGGGAGCGAUUGGAGAGGUCGGGCUGGUCGCCGAUAUGGCUGAGGAUAAGGUUGAUAUGGAAAUCGGUGGAACACUGCAGCAAAGAAUUUCGUCAUGUUUGCAGGAGAUGGACUAUUUGUUGACAUGUGAGGAUCCUUUGGUGGCCAGUAUGGUCGUUGCGGAGAAGCGGAUGGGAAGUGGAUCGAAGAACAUCAUCGAGGCAGUGAUGAAUAUCAUGAGCAUCAGGGAUCUGAAGUCGGUGUCGAUGGAGAGUACUCUGGCCGAUAUAGGAAUGGAUUCGUUGAUGGCGGUCGAAAUCAAGCAGGUGUUGGAGAGAGACUUUGAUAUGGUGUUGUCUCCGCAGGAGUUGAGGACGUUGUCGUUUGCGAAAUUACUGAAGAUGGAAGAAGAUAAGAAGCAAGCUGCGAAAGAUAAGGAGUCGGGAGAGAGUAAAGGUUUGGUUAUCGGUAUGCAGAUGUUGUUGAGAAAUCUAGGCGAUGAGGAAACUAGUGAAACGACGCUUUUGCGUUUGCCAUCUGCCGGUGAUGAAGGUCGUCCAAUUCUGUUCAUUCCUGGCGUUGAAUGCGUUGCUGGUAAUGUGUGGAAGACGAUAGCAGAGCAAGUGAAUGCUCCAGUAUACAUACUUCAGUUGUGCAGUGCGGUGGAGUGUGACAACAUUCCAGCAAUUGUUGAGUGCAUCAUUGGUGAGCUCUGUGGUGUUAUGCUCAAUGGCUACGAUGACUUUGUAAUUGCAGCGUAUUCGUUUGGCGCGCUGGUGGGAAUCGAGAUAGCGAGAUGCCUACAGACGAGAGGAAUUCGAGGAAAGCUUCUUUUAGUAGAUGGUGCUCCGAAGUACUUAAAGCUGUGGUCUGCCAAGCAGCUGGGUGAAAAUCCACCGGAUGAGGAAAUCCAGAAGCUGAUUAUGCUAGUGUUGAUUGCUAUGGUGUUCCCGGAUCAACCGGCAGAGAAAAUGUUCGCCAUCAUGGAAGUUCCUUCGUUCGACGGCCAAAUAGAGAAGCUGAUCGAACUGGGCGCUGAACAGAGUACAUACUCUGCUGAUUAUACUAGAAUGAUGACGAAAGCUCUGUGCAAGCGAAUCAAGAUGGCAGUGUAUUUGUACUUGGACGAAGAUCAGCCACUGGACCUUCCGAUUACGCUGGUUCGACCGACUGAGGUUCCGUUCUCGGAUAUUGAGGAUGAUUAUGGGCUCUCCAACUACACGACGGGUGAGAUCACGCUUCGGAUGAUAGAAGGAACCCACUCGUCCAUGUUGGAAAAUCCCACGCUCGUGGAGAUGAUCAAUGGUUUUAUGUAAUAUGCUAAGGGCGUUUAACAUUGUGCUGAGAGGAUUUUUGUAUUUCAAUAUUAUACGUUUGUUGAA